AUGAAGUUUGGAGAACAACUCCGAUCGAGUGUGAUCAAAGAGUACCAAUGGUACUAUAUUGCCUACGAUGAGCUAAAAGAAAAGCUCAAGACUAAUUAUGUUACUCCUCCCACGAAAGGCAAGCCGGACCCUAAGAGAGACGAUUGGACGGAAGCAAAUGAAAGAGAGUUCAUCGAUCUUAUAGAGGCAGAGCUUGAUAAGGUGCAUACCAAACAGAAACUGAAGGCUAUCGAAAUCAGUCGAAGAAUUGCAAAUGCGGAUAGAGAGGUUAGUGAAGUUGUCGGGCGGCUAGAUCCAAGAGAACUCGAACGUAGCAAUGGAUCAGUAGAUUCCGAUGCUCCUACCGAAGAAGAUUUUAUGAUGUUGGAGGAAGACUUGAGCGACAUUAUCGCGGAUGUACACGAUUUGGCCAAAUUCGUUCAAUUGAACUAUACGGGAUUUCAAAAGAUCAUCAAGAAGCACGACAAAACCACAAAAUGGAUGCUAAAACCUGUAUUUGCUACAAGACUAAAGGCGAAACCUUUCUUCAAGGACAACUAUGAAGCGGACAUCAUUAAGCUAUCGAAAUUAUAUGACUUGGUUAGAACAAGGGGGAAUCCAGUACAGGGUGAUAGUUCAGCAGGUGGAAGUCAAGCCAGUUUCAUUCGACAAACAACUAAAUAUUGGGUGCAUCCGGAUAACAUCACUGAGUUGAAGCUUAUUAUCCUGAAGCAUUUACCCGUCCUUGUCUUCAAUGCCAGUAAGGAGUUCGAAAAGAAAGAUAAUGCGAUCACCUCGAUUUAUUAUGACAACACCGAGACCUGGAAUCUAUACGAGGGUCGACUCAAGAAAAGCGAAGGGGCAGAGGCCAUCCGUCUUAGAUGGUACGGUGACGUCGACAAUGAACACAUAUUUGUGGAAAGAAAAACACAUCGUGAAGAUUGGACAGGAGAGAAAUCGAUUAAAGCAAGAUUUGCGAUCAAAGAAAAGAAUAUUAAUGCAUACAUGCGGGGAGAAAUGUUACCUGCUGCUAUAUUUGAGAAGGCUCGCAAGGAGGGCAAAACACCUUUAAAGGCCAUCGAGGAGGACGAGAGGCUUGCUAGGGAAGUUCAAUACUCGGUUCUCAAAAAGGGCUAUGUACCUGUCUGUCGAUCGUUCUACAACCGUACAGCCUUUCAAUUGCCGGCCGAUGCAAGAGUUCGUAUCUCUCUGGAUACUGAAUUGUCCAUGGUCAGAGAAGAUAACCUUGACGGAAGAAACCGUGCUGGCGACAACUGGAGAAGAAUGGAUAUCGGUAUCGAUUAUCCAUUCAGUCAAUUACCCGCAGAAGAUAUCGAACGAUUUCCUUACGCAGUUCUGGAAAUCAAGUUACAAACUCAGGCUGGUCAAGAUCCACCAGAAUGGGUACGAGAACUUGUAUCUAGUCAUCUUGUUGAAGCAAUUCCUAAAUUCUCGAAAUUCAUUCAUGGUACCGCGACUCUUUUCCCAACUCGCAUAAAUCUCAUACCAUUUUGGAUGCCACAAAUGGAUGUAGAUAUCCGAAAGCCGGUCACUCAACGUUUCGGCAUCAGAAGGCCAGGCCACUCAAACCCAAGUUCUACUAGCGACGACGACGACGACGACGAUGAUGACUCCGACGAUGAGGACAUCAGUUCCAAUCAACCUGGGACCAUUGCCGCUGCUGCCGGGAAUUUACGGCGACGCAACCAUGAAGCACCAGGCAAUAGUUUUGAUAUCGAAGAGGAAAUUUCCAGUAUGCCAUUGGUGGAAGAGGACUACAUUUAUGAUACUGAUGACGAGGAUUCCAUCGAUAAUCGACCAUUUGAGGAAGCUAGAAGGAUUGGUGGUAUAACCUAUAUCGUAGAAGGCGCCAAAUACUACGUCAAAUCAGCGGGCCAUCACUUUGCUCGAGGGAUUCAUUCUAUGAGCCCUACUCCAAGAGAAGCAAUGGAUAGUAACAAUGCUACAUUCACAGCUCUUCGAAAUGGUGGGGGUAAAGUUGUGGCUAAGAAAUUCAAGGCUCCGCCUGGAAAGAAAAUCCACGUACCUGUUCGUGUCGAACCAAAGGUAUAUUUCGCCGCCGAGAGAACUUUCUUAACCUGGCUCGAAUUCUCCAUCUACAUUGGUACAAUAGCUGCUACGCUCGUCAACUUCGGAACAAAGCCAACCGCGAUAUCAUUCAUAGCUGCCGGUGUCUUCUCAGUGGUCGCCAUCAUGAGUUUGUUGUAUAGUGUGUGUAUGUAUUUAUACAGGAGUCAUAGUAUUAGGGAGAGGAAGAAUAUCAAGUACUAUGAUGCUUGGGGACCGAGCAUCUUGUGUUUCUCCCUGUUUGCGGCAGUGAUGGUUAAUGCGGGGUUUGAGUUGAAUGCCAGAGGGUUGGCUUGA